CAGGGCGGCGGGGUCGGUACGCGGUGCGCGCUCCGUGUCCCCGUGUGGCGGUGUCCGUGGGCGGCGGUGCCGCGGUCUUCCCGUCGGGAUCUCGGCAUGAGCCGCGCCUGGCAGGCUCUCCGCGCGCUGCGGUUGCGGUUCGUGGGGCCUGCUAAGGAGCUGGUGGGCACCGACCAGUUUGGCAACAAGUAUUACCGGGUGCCCAAGUACGAGAACCGCGCAGGGCAGGUUAUACCGGAAAGAAGAUUUGUAGAAGCGGUAAAUCAUGAAGCAUAUCAGUAUCAAAUUGGUGACUUUCCAGCAGAAUGGGAAGCAUGGAUAAGAAAAAAGAGAGAAGAUCCACCCACAAUUGAGGAGAUUCUUAGGAAUGAAAAUUAUAGAGAAGAAAUGAAGCAGAAGGUCAAGGAUGUAUCUGAAAAGGAUAAGCUGCUUCAGGCCAAGGAGUAUGAGGAAGGACUUGUUGCUGAACCAAGUCAUACUCAGGUUAAAGGCCAUGCAUCUGCCCCUUACUAUGGAAAGAAGGAGCCCUCACAAGACCCCACGAGCACUGCAAGUAUCUUCCAGCCAGGUGCCUGGAUGCCACCGGGCAGUGGUAGUAGUCAAAAUAAAUAAGCAAUUUAAUGGACAGGUACUGUUAAUGGAUUAGUAUUUUAACAGACAACAUACACAGCUGUAACAUACAAUACGUACAAUAAAGUAGUAUUAAAGCAGGUUCAGUUACUUUUGCAAAACUAUUCAAAUAGGCUUGAUCAUGACAAAGUAUUGUGAAGUGCUUGGGUUUAGUGAAAAACAGGGUGUGUUAAUAGGUUUGGUUUUGACAGUUUCUGUUCAUCAGUUAUUCUUGAAUUCAUACUUAAAAGACUAUCUAAAUUUUCUUGAAGUCUAAAUUGCUUUUAUCCUUGAAGGCUAAUUUAGUUUUAAAACUGUUCUUGAUGUCAAAAUUGUUGUCUGUACACUUACAUUUUCCCAAGCCUUGGCCAAGAUGUCUCUUCAGAAUAAAUCCCUUGGCAGUGCCAGCAUGCUUUCCAGUGGUAAGCAGACAGAAAAUUUGAUUUCAUUAACAGGAAUCACUAUGACACUACAGUGAUUACACACUGUACUCAUGGUAGAGAUGUUCUUGUAACUUAAAACAGUCAACAUAUUUGAAUGCUUGAUUUUAAAACAGUCAACAUUGAAUUUGAAUUUUUGAAUGUUUGAUUUGCAGACAGCAAUUUGUAUAGGGUAACAUCAGUUAAAAUACAUAUAACUGCUAUAAUAGAAGCUAGAAUGUUUGAUAAAGCUGCUGGAAAAUUAACACUAGGUCUGGGACAAGGGACUGUCAUAAAUAUUUAGAAAAAAUAUUAGUUUUUAUUCCUUGUGUAUCCAUGGACAUCCAAGAUGAUGAGAUCAUUUUGGCCAUAGUUUAGAUACAUAAAAUGUGCAGGUUAUUUGCUUAGAGAUGAUGUUUGAGAAUUUCAAAUAAAAAUAAAGACCACACAA